CAGUGACCAAAGACAAAUCCAAACACCCUCAAUUCCGGACUCUAUUCAACAGGAAUCCAAUUCACUCACUUCUCUUUUUUCUUUUUCUCUCGUCUUGAAAAACACGUGCCAAACAAAUACUCCACUGGUGAACUUUUUUUUCUCUCCCUCUGCAUCCUUCCUCUAUCUUCUUCCAGCUUUGGCAUAGUGGCAUUAAAUACAAAGUCAUCUCCGGCGCAAGUUAUCCUUCACCAUAAUUACCUUCACCAACCAACCCCAAACUGUUUUCUCUUUUCACUAUCUUCUUCCACCACUCUUAUCAAAGCCCUAACACAGAUCAAUCUUCAUGUUCUUAUUUUGUUGUUCGAUUCAGAUUUCAAUCUGAAUAGACGAAGCGUUAGGCUUUGUUUGGAUCAAUAAAGAUGAUGGGGUCGGAUAACCAAGAAGCCGCCCAUCUCUACGCAUCAAGAGAAGAGAUGGAAAGUCUCGUCAUCGACGAUUCUUUGACAAUGACCUCAAAAUCCUUUUCUAAUUACCGAAGUGCCAUGACUACUCUAUCGGAAUCUCACCACCCCCUCUCUCUCGUCACCACCGCCCACACCGAUCCACUCCUCUCCCCACCAUCGCCACCUCUCAAACCCACCAAUUCAUAUAUUGAAUCUCCAUCAUACUCCAACGUAGUUUUCAAUCCAUUGGAAGAUAGUACUGAUAUUGAAGUCAACGGCGUCGAAAGCCCUAAGAAAGAUUUAGGCCAAUCGGUGGUACUGUCAAGGUCACAGCUUUCGAGCUCCGAAUAUUUGAAAAUUACGGUUUCAAAUCCACAGAAAGAGCUUGAAUCGUCGAAUUCGAUUGUUCCUGGAGGUAAUACAUAUGUGUCAUAUCUAAUUACGACGAAAACCAAUAUACUGGACUUCGAGGGAUCUGAAUUCAACGUUCGGAGGCGGUUUAGGGAUGUGGUAACGUUAUCGGACAGGUUGAGUGAAGCGUAUAGAGGGUUUUUCAUUCCGCCGAGGCCGGACAAGAAUGUAGUGGAGAGUCAAGUUAUGCAAAAGCAAGAAUUUGUGGAGCAGAGAAGAUUGGCAUUGGAGAAAUAUCUACAGAAAUUGGCUGCGCAUCCUAUGAUCAAGAAGAGUGAUGAGCUGAGAGUGUUUUUGCAGGUUCAGGGGAAAUUGCCAUUACCGACGAGCACUGAUGUGGCGUCGAGGAUGCUGGACGGGGCGGUGAAGCUUCCGAAACAGUUGUUUGGGGAUUCCGGUAGUGUGAUUGGGCCGCAGGAUGUGGUGCAGCCGGCGAAAGGUGGGAGGGAUUUACUUAGGAUAUUUAAGGAGUUGAAGCAGUCCGUGACUAAUGAUUGGGGUGCGUCUAGGUCUCCGGUGGAGGAGGAUGAUAAAGAGUUUUUGUUGAAGAAAGAGAGGUUGCAUAAUCUCGAGCAGCAGCUCAGCAAUGCGUCUCAGCAGGCGGAAUCUCUUGUCAAAGCUCAGCAGGACAUGGGAGAAACAAUGGGAGAGUUCGGGCUCGCAUUUAUUAAGUUAACAAAAUUCGAGAAUGAGCAGGCCGUCUUAAAUACUCAAAGACAACGGGCUGCUGAUAUGAAAAAUGUGGCAACUGCGGCUGUGAAAGCAAGCAGAUUUUUUCGGGAACUAAAUGCACAAACUGUCAAGCAUUUGGAUGCAUUGCAUGAAUAUUUGGGUCUAAUGUUAGCGGUUCACAGUGCAUUCUCGGAUCGUUCAAGUGCUUUAUUGACUGUACAAACUCUUGUAUCAGAGUUGUCUUCUUUGAGCUUGAAAGUUGAAAAACUUGAAACGGCAUCAUCCAAGACAUUUGGUGGUGACAAGUCAAGGACUCGUAAACUGGAAGAGUUGAAGGAAGCCAUUAGAGUCAGCGGGGAUGCUAAAAACUGUGCCAUCAGAGAAUAUGAACGGAUCAAGGAAAAUAACAGGAGUGAAAUUGAAAGGCUAGACAAAGAAAGGCAGACUGACUUUGUAAACAUGCUGAAGGGAUUUGUGAUAAAUCAGGUGGCAUAUACCGAGAAAAUUGGAAAUGAGUGGGCAAAGGUUGCAGAGGAAACUAGUGGAUAUGCAAAAGAGAGUGCUUGAACUGCUACUGUAAAUUCGGAUUUUAGCCUUUCUUUCCUCUUUUCUUCAUAUUUUAUUCAUGAGUGCUAGCAGGAAAUGGCUACACAAACAUAAUAAAAAGUGAAAUAUAAGAGAGCACUUCUUAGCUUGUAAAUUCGGAUUUUUAGUUUUUCUUUCCUCUUAGUUAUGAAUCUGAUGUUGUUAAUUGCUUGCUACUUGGUUGAGAUGGUAUCCUAGGAUUAGAAUGGGACUUCUGGAGGACAUGGCAAUUUUAGUCGUAAGAAAAGCCAGUUAUUAGUUGGCAAAAUAGGUAUUUUAUGUUUUUGCUGAAUAAUGUAUGCAUCUUUUGUGAACGAAAUCCCACUCGUGUUUUUGUUAUUUUUUUCUUUCUGUCAUUAGAAAUAUUGUUUAAAGUUCUUUAUCAUGUAAUUUAUAAUUUUUUUCCCGAUGAUCUGACAAGAGAGAUCAUAGUGGUAGUAUAUCCACUAUAUUUGAG